AAAAGUGGAAUCUUUACUUGUCUCUCUCUCUCUCUCUCACUUUCUCUCUCAUGCUGUUGUUCUUUCUUUCUCUCUCUCAUUUAACUAACAAAGGGAGAAAGAAGGAUUGUACUAGAAUAUACAAGUGAAAAAUUUAAUAAAGUUGAAAUCUUUGUUGUUUCCUUUGUAAGAAGAAGAAGAAAUGGCUAUUGUUCCACAAGAAUCCAUCACUCAAUUUCAAGUGUUAAUGGAUGAACUCUGUGCAGUUGAAGAAUCACUCGGAAGAACAUUCCAGAACAUGCAUCAAGGCUACCCGCACGAAACUCUGACGCGUUUUCUCAAGGCAAGAGAAGGAAUUGUCGAAAGGGCUCACAAAAUGUUGGUUGAUUGUCUGAAUUGGAGAGUGGAAAACGACAUUGAUAAUAUGCUAACUAAACCGAUUGUUCCUGUAGAACUCUACAGAGCAAUACGCGACUCACAGCUCAUAGGAUUAUCGGGUUACUCAUUCGAGGGCCUCCCUGUAUUUGCAAUUGGAGCAGGCCUCAGCACGUUUGACCAAGCGUCGGUUCAUUAUUACGUGCAAUCCCACAUUCAGAUAAACGAAUAUCGGGAUCGUGUGAUUUUGCCUGAAGCGACGAAAAAAUACGGGAAACAUGUUAGCAAAUGUAUAAAGAUUCUAGAUAUGACUGGAUUGAGACUUUCGGCAUUAAAUCACAUAAAGCUCUUGACUAUUAUUUCCUCUAUUGACGAUCUAAACUACCCGGAGAAAACAAAAACUUAUUAUAUAGUGAAUGCACCGUACGUCUUUUCUGCUUGUUGGAAGGUCGUAAAGCCACUUCUACAAGAGAGGACAAGAAGUAAGAUCGAUGUAUUGUCUGGUUGUGGAGAAGAUGAUCUAUUGAAGGUAAUGGAAUAUUCCUCCCUUCCCCAUUUCUGCCGAAAAAGAUCCUCUGGCGACGAAAAUUGCUUUUCAUUGGACCACCAUUUUCACCAACAACACUACAAUUACAUGAAAGAUCAAUCUUCGAUUCGUCGAAGUAUCGAGCCGUUAAAGCAAGGCUCUGUGCACGUAACUUUGCCUGAAGAUGCUGACGAAGAAGAUAUCGCCAAGGCGUUGGAAUCCGAGCUGGAGAAAUUUAAGGAUCUCGAUAGAUGCUCGGAAUCAGUGACGGACCUGAAAAUUAGCGACGAAAAAAGGUAGAUGAAAGAAUCGUCUCUCGUUUUUCUAAGGUGAUAAAAAUCGUGUCUUUGUCUGAAUCUCUUAUCGUGUUUUAGUAUGUAUAGCAUGGUGCAAAGAUGGUAUCUUUGUUACCUUAACAUAAGAUACAAAGUAAAUAUAGGAAAAUAUCGAAUAUAUUUAUAAAUAAUUGACCGUCUUUUCGACUUUCUAUAUCGUGAGAGCUAUAUAAUUUUCGUGUUUGUUACUAAUUUUAAUUUUUUUUUAAUGAAAAACACUUCUACUGAAAUUGAUGCUGAUCUAUUU